AUGACUCUCACAGAACGGUUUUGGAUAGCCAACAUCCUCGCCACCUUGCUGUUCGCUACAUGCGCAUCAGCAGCAGAUCCAACGGUCACCGUCCUCAAUGGCACAUACGAAGGCCUGUACCUUCCGUCCUUUGACCAAGAUGUCUUCCUCGGAAUCCCAUAUGCACAAAACACGGGCGGGCAAAAUCGGUUCCGAAUCCCACAGUCGCUAAAUACAACAUGGAACGGCACACGCGCGGCAAAAGAAUACGGCAACGCAUGUCCAGAUUUCACACCGGUUGCCGACGGCGUCUACGGCAUGAGCGAAAACUGUCUCAGCAUCAAUAUCGUUAAACCCGCUUCCCUAGCCCCUGAGCAAAAGGUCCCCGUGCUGGUCUGGAUUCAUGGCGGAAGUUACCAAGUCGGAACUAGCGCGUUGCCGAAUUAUAAUUUGACGUAUCUUGUGCAGAGGUCUGUGGAAAUUGGAAAGCCUAUCAUCGCUGCAAGUAUCAAUUAUAGGAAAGGAGGCUGGGGGAUGAUGUACUCGGUUGAGAUUCAGGGCAGUGGGAAUACAAAUCUUGCGCUAAGGGAUAUGCGCAAGGGGCUGGCUUGGGUUCAGGAGAAUAUUGGGGCGUUUGGAGGGGAUGCAGGGAAUGUGACUAUUUGGGGAGAGAGUGCAGGCAGUUUUGCAAUUGGACAAUUGCUGAUGAGCUAUGGAGGCCGAACGGAUGGGCUGUUCCAUCGAUCUAUCCAAGAAUCGGGCUCUGCUGCCACGGCAUGGUACAACGGAUCGGAUUGGUAUCAACCUAUCUACAACAAGAUUGUCAACCAGACAAAUUGCACAGACUGGCCUGACACCCUGGAGUGUCUCCGCACAAUUCCAUACGAAACGAUAUCCCAAUUCGUGGACAGUUCGAAAGUCGAAGGCCCCGGCUGGUAUCCCACCGUCGACGGCGACGUCAUCCCCAACUAUCCCACCGAGCUUCUCCGCUCCGGCCGCUUCGCACAUAUCCCCCAUCUGUACGGAACAAAUACCGACGAGGGAACCGACAACGCCCCCGUUGGCGUCAUAAACACCGACGAGGAGCUAUAUGCCUACCUCUUUGGCAGCACAGGCUACGAUUUCCCCCCCUCCGUCGUACAAGAAAUCAUGCGUCUAUACCCCGACGACCCCACCGUCGGGAUCCCACUCAACACGGGUAGCGAACGCUUCGCCGACCGCGGCUACCAAUACAAACGCAUCGCCGCCAUUGUCGGCGACGUUUUCUACCACGCGCCACGUCUUGACGACGCCCGAUGGUACUCCAAAUACAGUCCGACAUACAUCUACCGUUUCAACACACGCCCCUGGCUGAACAACACUAACGCAACCUACACCGACCUCACCGGCUCACUCGCCCCGGAUUACAAGGGUGUGCAGCAUUUCAGUGAAGUUGCGUUUGUGUAUGGAAACCCGGUUUUCGUGGGACCGUGGCCGGAAUAUCAGGCCCUGAGCAAACAAAUGAGUGCACAAUGGAUUCACUUCGUGAAUGGCGGGGAUCCGAAUGCGGAGGGUUUACCAAAGUGGCCGAAAUAUAGUGAUAGCACGAAGGGGCUGAAUUUAGUAAUACAGGCGACUGGGAGGGGCCAGAAUGGGAGUUUUGUCGAAGAGGAUACAUAUAGGUUGGAGGGCAGGGAGUAUUUGACUAAAUGGGCCCGGAGGAGGCAUGUUUGA